CGUGCGCGAGCGGCGGCGUGGCGUUCGGGGGAUCCGUGCGAGGGGAAUAGCGAGCGGAGUGCGAGCAGGAGCCGUACUGACAAUAGUGACAAUAGCGACAAUAGCAGAAGUGAGCAGCGAAACGGCAAGAGUCCGGCGGUCCUCGACGUCCAGGGAGAAGAUGGAGGUGCCGUCGUACCAGUCGAAGCUGCUGUGCGAGCUGAACGAGCAGCGCAAGCGGGACUUCUUCUGCGACUGCAGCAUUAUCGUGGAGGGCCGCGUGUUCAAGGCGCACCGCAACGUGCUCUUCGCCGGCAGCGGCUACUUCCGUGCGCUGCUCGUGCAUUACCUGCAGGACAGCGGGCAGCGCCACAGCACUGCCUCGCUGGACAUUGUCACUGCCGAGGCCUUCUCGCUCGUGCUCGACUUCCUGUACUCGGGCCGCCUGGACCUGCGCAGCGACAAUGUCAUCGAGGUGAUGUCGGCCGCCAGCUACCUGCAGAUGACCGACGUGGUGAGCUUCUGCAAGGCCUACAUCCGCUCCUCGCUGGAGAUCUGCAACCGCGAGCGGGAACGCGACAAGGAGAGGGAGCGCCAAGGCCUGGCCGACAGCGGCACUCCGGCCGCCGCAGCUGCUUCCUCCGACUCCCCGGCAGAUGGCGGUGCCCUCUCUUGCUCGGACGCGCCCAGCUCGGCGGCCACACCCCCUGCCGCCACACCCACGGCCCUUGUCGGCAGGGACUCGGAGAGCGAGAGCUCCCGUGGCGAAUUUCCCAGCUUCCUCCCAGUGGACCUAGCGCUCAAAGGCAGCCAGGGGGACAAGGUCAACUCGUCCUCCGGCUUCCUCCUGGGCCUGGUGCAGCCCAAGACGGAGUUCGACCCCGACGAGGAGGCGGAGCGCUCCUCUGAGGACAAGGACCUGCCCCUUUUUCAAGCUGCACCCCUGGACGACAGGCCACACCCCUCCAGCCAGACGCCGGGUGGCGAACUCUCGUCUCUGCCUUACGACAACUACCACAUGAAGCAGUUCCUGGAAGUGCUGCUGAGGGGUGGGACUGAGCAGCGCAGGGAGGAGCUCGUGCAGCACUUUGCCCAGAGCCUGGGCACGGGGGUGGGAGGGGCCCGCGUGGACGAGGGUCUCGGACUGGGGGGGUCCUCCAUCAUGGAGAUCCAGAGCGACUGGUACGGCGAGGAAACAGGCGAUGGGCUCGUGGUGCCGGUGAAGCUGCACCGUUGCCCCUUCUGCCCCUACACAGCCAAGCAGAAGGGCAUCCUGAAGAGACACAUACGCUGCCACACAGGGGAGAGGCCGUACCCCUGCGAGACGUGCGGAAAGCGCUUCACUCGUCAGGAGCACCUGCGCAGCCACUCGCUCAGUGUGCACCGCUCCAACUGGCCAAUCGUGUGUAAGGGCUGCCGGCGCACCUUCACGGGCGUCGUGUCCCACGGACUGAAGCGCUUCGGCCUCUGUGACAGCUGCACCUGCGUCACCACCACCCACGAGGACUCCACCCCCAUUAACCUGAGCAGCCAAUCAGAGGUGACAGAACGAGGUGAGGGCGACGGCGACUGGCCCAUCUACAUGGAUGAUGCGGAGGAGGCCGAGCCCAGCGGCGAGUGCGAUGAAGUGGAGGACAAGCGGGAGCUGCAGAGGCAGCUGUCAGAGAACGACGGGCUUGUGUAGCGUGGGCUGGGGAGUAGCGCGCACCUACGGACACUGUCGUCUCCUGGAGGGGGCGCGGAGACGGCCCACCUUUCCCUCCCUCGUGUCCUCGGGGCAGUCCGACAAGCGUCGCUCGAGGCGCUUCAUUCAUCUUGGUGUUCCCGUCUUUAUGAAGGACCGCAGCAGGACGGGUUCGAACAGGAAAGGACGGAAGCAUCCCGAGCCGCCGAAUCUGGGCCCACAGAUGCGUUUGGACCGUGUCAGAGGGUGUCGAUAGAGAGGAACCUGCUUAAAUACUUCAGUUUUUCUUCUUUCCCCUUUGUGUGUCAUGAGGUGUCAUGUUGGAAGAAGUGUCCUUCACUGAGCGCGUUUCCUCAUGGACGAAAGACAGGCUGCAGAUCAUCAUGCUGUGUAAAUACCUUAUGACAUGGUAAUAUACCAAAGUAUAGUUUUGAAAAACAUUUUUGGAGAAAAUGAAUAUGCUGAACAGCGUUCAGCGGUGGGAAGCUUGUGUGUUUAAUUCUUUCUCCCUUCAGUUUCAAGUGCUUGGUUAUUUGGUAUUCUUGUUCACUACUUUUUGUACUGUAUUUACAUGUGAUGUUUUGCAGGUCAUUACUGAUUCUCAUGUCCCCAUUUUUCGGACUUCUGCCAUGUUUACGAAGUGAUUAAUGUAAACUUAAUUAUUUAAUGUUAAAUAAAGAUUAAUCCAUG